AUGGCGGAGACCGAUGAUAGAAUUGCAAUUGAAAAAUUCUUUAAUGGCGGAAGAUGCAAAGGAAGGCAAUCAACGGUUCUUCGUUCCUCUCAUGUCGCCGGCAACAAAGAAGAUCAAGGGGAAGAUCCCCCGGUGCUCAUCUUCGUCGGAUUAAGGAGGAGAAGCAUGAUUGGAAUCAGAAAUCGGGAAGCACCUCCAGUGCUUCACCGAUUCGAAGGAGGAGGAGGAAAAUAUAGAUUCCCGAUACUUUGA